AUGUUGCUGUGGUCUGUAUGGACUACGAUAUUGCUACUGACCCCGCUGGAUGCUGCGGAGGAGGCGGAUGAUGUCCGAGCAGGCUGCAGCACAGCAGUAAAUGACCUAGUCUAUAUUAUUGAUGGCUCAUGGAGUGUUGGCGUCCAUGACUUCGAGAUAGCCAAGCAGUGGCUUAUCAACAUCACCAGCCAGUUUGAUAUCAGUCCCCACUACACACAGGUGGCUGUGAUCCAGUACAGUGACACUCCUCGUCUGGAGUUUCCUCUGGGGAAGAAACAGGGUGAAUCAGACCUCAUCCAGGCAUUACGAAGCAUCACCUAUCUGGGAGGAAACACACAGACGGGCAGAGCCAUCAAGUUUGCUGUGGACCAUGUCUUCCCCUCUUCCCAGCGAGCCAGCCAAGUUAAGAAUCGCAUUGCUGUGGUGGUCACUGAUGGCAAAUCUCAGGAUGACGUGGUGGAUGCCAGUGUGGAGGCACGAGCUGAGGGCAUUACAUUAUUUGCUGUCGGAGUUGGCAGUGAGAUCACCACCUCGGAGCUGGUAUCCAUCGCCAACAGACCAUCCUCCACCUACGUCCUGUAUGCUGAAGAUUACACCAACAUUGACCGUAUCAGGGACUCCAUGGAGCAGAAACUCUGUCAAGAGUCGGUGUGUCCAACGCGAAUCCCGGUGGCAUCUCGGGAUGAGAAAGGCUUUGAGCUGAUGGUGGGCAUGAACAUUCAGAAGAAGGCCAAGAAGAUCCCUGGCUCCCUGGUGUCUGAGGCAGCCUUCUCCCUUACUGCCUCCACAGACAUUACUGAAAAUACCAGGGACAUUUUCCCAGAAGGCCUUCCUCCAUCCUAUGCAUUCGUAGCCACCCUACGUCUAAAGCGGUCUUCUAGCAAAUUGACCUUUGACCUUUGGAGGGUGCUGUCUAAGGAUAAGGAGAUCCAAGCUGCAGUGACACUGGGUGAAAAAGACAAAAGUGUCACCUUCACAACCACUAGUAUAACAAACACCAACCAGAAAGUCAUCUUUAAAAGCAACCUUGAGAGUCUGUUUGAUGGAAAAUGGCAUCAGCUCAAACUCGUAGUGAGGCCUCACCAGGUCACCAGUUUUCUUGACGAUCAAAUGAUCCAGGAAGUAGCGUUGGAGCCAGUGGAGCCCAUUUACAUCAACGGGGAGACACAGGUGGCUAAGAGGCGAAGCACAGACUUCACAGUGCCUGUGGACAUUCAGAAGCUGCGUCUGUACUGUGAUCCUAAUCAGAGUGAGAGAGAGACAGCUUGUGAGAUCUACUCUGUGUGUUCUCUGAAUCGAACAGCCUCAGAGGAUGAGGACGACUGCAGCUGUGUAGUUGGACCACCAGGGCAGCGUGGCCUGCCAGGACGCAUGGGUUUCCGGGGGGAAAAAGGGAGAGAAGGACCACCAGGACCUGAUGGUAAGCCUGGUAAAGAUGGGAAACCUAGUGAAUCCGGCCCUCCUGGAUUACCAGGCGAGAAGGGUGAAGAUGGCCUAGCAGGACCAAAAGGGGCACCUGGUGUUAAAGGGGAUAAGGGAGAAAGAGGGGAGCCAGGUUUUCUGGGAGAACCAGGACCCCCAGGACCCAAGAGUAUUGCAACAAAUUCCAGGGCCUUCCUGGUGAGGGGGGCGAGCCUGGACCCUCAGGAGAAGCUGGAUCAGUGGGGGCGCCAGGACUACCGGGCAUCAGAGGACUGGCUGGGACACCAGGACAAAAGGGAUAUCCUGGGCCGACUGGUGCUGCUGGUGCUCAAGGUGCUCCGGGAAAGUGUGGCGAUCCAGGGGGAGCUGGUGCUUGUGGUCCACCAGGACAAGAGGGACCAGCAGGAGAGCCAGGUUUUCCAGGGCUUCAGGGUUCCAUGGGGCUUCCGGGGUUCAAAGGCCAUAAGGGGGAACGCGGCAGAGAUGGAGAAUCAGGGACUCCUGGUGUACCUGUAA